GCGGCGGCGGCGGGAGCAGCAGCCGGAGUCGAGCUGCGUCCGAGCGGGGCUGCUGCGGCCAGCACCGGCGCCGAGCGAGCCCCGGGAGCCCCGCGCCCUCUCCCAGGCCCUGAGGGUUGGACAAAUCCUUUGUGCUCAGCCGAAACCCGUGGAGGAGUGAUGGACAGAGCCAGCCCUUCCCUCCUGCAUUAGACCUCCCUCGAGUGGAUUCUGCUCCUCCCCACACAGCUUCCCUCUAUCCCAAGAACUCAGACUUGUUUGAGAUGAUUGAGAAGAUGCAGGGAAGCAGGAUGGAUGAACAAAGAUGCUCCUUCCCACCACCUCUCAAAACAGAAGAGGAUUACAUCCCGUAUCCCAGUGUCCAUGAGGUCCUGGGGCGCGAAGGGCCCUUCCCCCUCAUCCUGCUGCCUCAGUUUGGGGGUUAUUGGAUCGAAGGCACCAACCAUGAGCUCAGCAGCAUCCCGGAGACUGAGCAGCUCCAGUCCCCCACGUCCAAAGUGAAGCUGGAGUGCAACCACACGGCUCGGCUCUACCGGAAGUACUUCUUAGGCAAGGAACACUUCAACUACUAUGCCCUGGACACCGCCCUGGGCCACCUGGUGUUCUCACUCAAGUAUGACGUCAUUGGGGAUCAGGAACAUCUCCGGCUGCUGCUCAGGACGAAGUGUAGGACCUACCAUGACGUCAUCCCCAUCUCCUGCCUCACAGAGUUCCCCAACGUAGUCCAGAUGGCCAAGCUGGUGUGUGAGGAUGUCAAUGUGGAUCGAUUCUACCCAGUGCUUUACCCCAAGGCCUCCCGCCUCAUCGUCACCUUUGAUGAACAUGUCAUCAGCAAUAACUUCAAGUUUGGGGUCAUUUACCAGAAACUCGGGCAGACCUCGGAGGAGGAGCUGUUCAGUACCAACGAGGAGAGCCCUGCCUUUGUGGAGUUCCUAGAAUUCUUGGGUCAGAAGGUCAAACUACAGGACUUUAAGGGGUUUCGGGGCGGCCUGGAUGUAACUCAUGGGCAGACGGGGACAGAGUCCGUCUACUGCAACUUUCGAAACAAAGAGAUUAUGUUCCACGUGUCCACCAAACUGCCCUACACGGAGGGGGAUGCCCAACAGUUACAGAGGAAACGGCACAUCGGGAAUGACAUCGUGGCUGUGGUCUUCCAGGAUGAGAACACGCCCUUUGUGCCCGACAUGAUUGCUUCCAACUUCCUACAUGCCUAUGUAGUGGUGCAGGCGGAGGAUGCUGGCCCCGAUGGGCCCUUUUACAAGGUGUCAGUUACUGCCAGGGAUGACGUGCCCUUCUUCGGGCCCCCACUUCCGGACCCUGCUGUCUUCAGAAAGGGCCCCGAAUUCCAGGAAUUCCUGCUGACAAAGCUGAUAAAUGCAGAGUACGCCUGCUACAAGGCGGAAAAGUUUGCCAAACUGGAGGAGCGCACCAGGGCUGCCCUCCUGGAGACCCUCUACGAGGAGCUGCACGUUCACAGCCAGUCCAUGAUGGGCUUAGGGGGAGAUGAAGACAAGAUGGAGAAUGGAGGAGGGGGCAGUGGCGGCUUCUUUGAGUCUUUCAAGCGCGUGAUCCGGAGUCGCAGCCAGUCUAUGGACGCCAUGGGCCUCAGCAACAAAAAGGCCAGCACCGUGUCCACCAGCCACAGUGGGAGCUUUGGCCCCAACAACCCUGACUUGGUGAAAGCAGCUGGCAUAUCAUUGCUUAUCCCGGGGAAAAACUCCAGUAGAUUCGGACGUCGGGGCAGCGCCAUAGGCAUAGGAACCAUAGAAGAGUCACUGAUUGUGCCUGGGAAGAGUCCCACCAGGAAGAAGUCGGGCCCCUUCAGCUCACGCCGGAGCAGCGCCAUUGGCAUUGAAAACAUCCAGGAGGUGCAGGAGAAGAGACCUGACGCUGAAUCGCCCCGCUGUCCCCGGGUGCCCCGAAGAGAGAGCCCGCCUGCUGGCCAGAAGACCCCAGACAGCGGACACGUAUCUCAGGAGCCCAAGUCGGAGAAUUCGUCCAAUCAAAGCUCCCCAGAGAUGCCCACCACCAAAAACAGGGCAGAGAUGGCCAUCCAGAAGGCUGAGGCGCUGAAGGAUUUCUCGCGGUCCUCCUCCAGUGCCAGCAGCUUCGCCAGCGUGGUGGAAGAGACAGAAGGUGCCAAUGAAGAUGACAUGGGCAUGGAAAGUGUGUCCUCUGGGAUGCCACAUAAGAGGGACUCCUUCAUCUACAGUACUUGGCUGGAGGACAGCGUCAGUACUGCCAGUGGGGGAAGCUCACCAGGCCCCUCUCGGUCACCACAGCCAGAUGCCAGGAAAUCGGGGGAGCCGGCCUGUCCAGAGAUUAAGAUCCAGCUGGAGGCACCCGAGCAGCAGCAGCAGACACCCCACUUGGGCUGCUAGCCCUUCGGCCAGGCCUCCGUGGAUAGGACAUCCCAGACCCCUCGGCAGAAGCACAAGCUGAGAUCGCUGCUGCAGAGCAGAGAUGGCGACUCUGCCUUUCUCGCCACGGCCGCCUGCCGGACUGGUCCCUUUGCUCUCUUUGUGCCCUCCCCUUGCCUAGGACCACAGCUCUGCCGGGCGGAGCUUCCUGGGUCUCAGGGCCAGGCCAGACCGCCGGAGUCCCAUGAGCUGCCCGCCCCUGCCCCAAGAAAGCUGCGGGCAUUGUGCCUGCCAAGGGGCAUGGUGCCCACCCAGGAGGCUAGCAGCCCGCCGAGGACCCCCGGCGCAGCCUGAACGGGUUGCUGCCAGAACUUCCAGCCUGAGCCCUUGCCCUGCUUCCUUGCAACCCCCAGAACUUCCAUCCCUGGGGAUGACCUGAUCCCUGCCCAUCUCAGAAGAAACCAGGCUGGCACCUUUCUGGGUUGGGCACCUUCUGGGGCAUCACUGUACACAGCCACUCCUGCCAGGGUUCAAGACGUCUUGGGCUGGCAGGAAGCUCUGGCAGAGUGGAAGAAGCCCUGGCCUGGGCCUGUCCCAGCCUCCCUCCUGCUCUCUCCUAGCUAUGUGAGCCACGUCAUUUCUCUCCAAGCCUCAGUUUCCUCCUUAGUGUAAAGGGGACCCGGACUCGAUGGUCCCCCGCCUCUUUCCCAGUUCCAGAAUCCUGCCAUUUCGGAGCCUGCUGAGGCGGGAAGCUUGUAGCUUGUAGCCGCCCCCCCUUCUUCCUCCCGCGUGACGCCCAGAGCAGGUGCCCCCUCCCCCCUCCAUCCAGGACCGCAGGCUGCCCAAUCUUGCCCAUUAUUGACAGGCCAGGCUGUCAGUCAGGGGCCUCUACCUCGUGGGCCCUGUUCAGGCCACCAGGUUGAGGGGAGCCAAAUUAGGUACUCACUGGGCCGCCUUCCCCAGACCCUCUCCCCGCUCAGCCCCUGCCCACGGGGCAGGCAGUGCUUUGUGUCCCUCCCCUAGUCCUGCCCCAGGGUGCCCCCCAGCACCGCCCGCGGCAGAGAGACUGGCGCCCGGCGGGCCCACCCCGAGACUCCAGCUAUCUAGUUCUCACCCCCCAUCGCUCUCCCCAGUUCCUUACCUCUGGUGUCCCCCCGCACCCAGGAAGGCGGCAGCCCGACGCCCUUCCCCCAACACCACCCCCCCCGGGGCGGCUGGCAGGCUGGGCCAAGGCUGGGCACGGGGAGGGCCGGCUCUGGUGCUGCCUGUGGUCGUGGCACCCCCAGCUGGGGAAGAGGGGGGUGCUCCCGUCCUCCCUGCCCGCUGCUCUGGCCCCUGGGGGCUCCCGGAAGUCGGGGUGACGGCGGAGCUACUGUAUGUCCAUGUUGUGUGUGUUUGUCUGUGUUUUUUAAGGCCUCGGGCCCCAGGGCCCGGCGCCCAAGCCAAACACUUGUUCCUGAGACCGCGGUUGUGUGUGUAUCAGUGACAGGUGUACAAAAUAAAGUUAUAUUUAUCACUAUUGUAA